GUUUGAAUAGUUUGAAUAUGUGAGGUAGAGGUAGAGAGGUAGACUCAUUUGUAGCGAUGGCUUCGUCAAUGAGUCGAAAACUGGGGAAGUCGCUUCUGCAGCUGUUCAGCGUUUGGUACAUAGAAUGCCUGCUGCAAGCAUUCGUACCAGGGGCACUCGUGAAUGCAAGGCAGCUUGCACAAACACGGUUGGCAGCUGAACCCAAGAAACGACAGUUGCCUCCGUUGACAAGUCCCGCAAAUCCUGAAGAACACGUCUUCAUUCCCUUGGAAGGUUAUGGACAGAAGAUAGAGGAUUUGUUUGAAGAACAGGAGUUUGUGUUCGUUCGUGGAGGUGUUGCCGUGGGCAAAAGCACCAUGGCGAUUCAUUUGGCACGGCAGUUCCCAGAGACAUUUGUUUGCGUUCCCUUCGCCAGCGCUGCACAAGAGACAUGGAUUGCAAACAUCAAUGAGGCAGUCCGUAGCGCAACAGGAACUGCAAAACUGCAAGAGACAUCGCCUUUACUUUGCUUGCAAACUGCUCUCCAGUUAGCAGCUGACAACAAACUCAUUUUGGUGUUGGAUGAAGCGCAUACAAUUUUUUCGUUACCACGACUUUGCGAAUCUCUCUUCAAGAGUGCAAGACACCCCAAGUUGCUCUUGUUUUCGGCAUCAGGGGAGGGAAAGAGGAGCGGCGACGUCACGCCUUCCGAGAUCAAACAGAAGUUCUUUUGGACUCCUCCUGUCCCUGAAACAGAUGCUCUUGAUGAUCUUGUCACAGAGUUGAAAGAGGCAGAUGUGCAACUGUGCACUGAAAGUGUGGCUUUCUUUCUCAAAUUUUGCGGCGGCCACAGAUCAAUUUUUGUUGCUGCUAUGAUGUGGGUCAAAAAGAUGCAAGGUGGAACUUCUUGGGCAUUUAGUCAAACAGUCGCAAAAGUUCGAGACAGCAUUGGGCAGGGAAGUUGGGCAACUGGCACGAUCUUGGGUGCACUUGCUGAAUCACGAGGAGUGAAGGUGAAUGGAGAUUACAGUGACCUUGACGUAGUGCCAAAAGAAUUCAUUCGACUUCUCUGUGAAGGUCAAGGUAAUCUUUCUGAUUUGUCGAUGCGGCGUGAGUUGACCAUCCAGGGAUUUGUCAUCCCUGUCACGGAAGGUAAUGCUGAGUUCCAUCAGCUGGACUGGGCAAAACCAGAUGCCACGUAUGCUGUUGCCAAUCCAAUUCUGGCCUCCUACUACAGGCAUCAAUUAGAGAGCUUUCGUGGAUUGAAAGUGAAGGUGAAGGAUGAACACUUUGUGCCCGUCAAUUGUAUGGAUUUGUUGAUUCGCGCAAUGCCAUACCUGACUUUUGCGCAGGUGGUCUCCUUUGCUGUAGACCUUGAAUCGAAUUCCUCCCUUUCUGUGUCAGACUUGCCGUAUGAAGAUCAAUACACUGGUGCCAUCACACAUGCUCUGCAGAGAUUGGGGUAUAAAGCUUCUGCACCUUUGAACCCACGCAAUGGCAAAGUUGAUGUGCUUGUGAAGAUUGAGCAGACAGCUUUCAGCUUGGAAUGCAUCAUGGCAAAAAGAGGCGAACAAAGCCACAAUGAGCAUCGCAAUCGCUUUGACAAUGAAAACCUGACAAACUACUUCAAUGCUGACCACAAGGCACUCCUCACGAUCGGAAGUGUAGAGACUGUGCGUGAACGAGUCAGGAAUACAAGGGCUGAUGGUGUGGAGAUCAUCGGUUUGAUGCCAAACAUCGCGCACACUGGUUACCACGUUCUGUACCGAGGUGCCGCUGAGGGUACAGAUUUGGUGGAGUACUAUGUCGAGUGCGACCUCGUAGCACGUGCGUUGGAAAGGAAUGAUCGAAUCCGCUGCAUCCAGAAGAUGUCGCACAUCAACCCACCACGUUUAGACCAAGCCUUUGGAACCAAAGUCGUUUGGGUGAGGCAAUUGCAGAAGGAUGGCACUGUCUUGCAGGACGACAAUGACGACUUGAAGUUUGUCGGCAACGCUUUCCAGAUUGACCCUGCGCCUUCAAACAUCGACUAUUUGAAGAAGGCAAUCAAGAAGGAGGAGGAACUAUCCAUUGCGCCUUCCAAAAUUGAUAUUUUUAGCCAACAGGAUGGAAGUUGGAUUAGAGAAGAAAAGAUGUCGGCAAGCCUUCGCGACACGGAUGAGACAGAUUGCUAUGGCUUCACAUUGCCAUCAGCGUGAGUGCUUUUCUCAGCAGCGUUACGCCUAGCGUUCCACUUGUUUUGCCCUUCUGUGGCUGAGGUGAAACCAAUUGAGAUCAAGGGUUCCCAAUAGUUUCACCGAAUUCCAUCUUUGGAGUAAAUGUAGAGUGGAUGUCGCUGUGGCAUGACCGUGCAUCACUCACAAGAUAUGAGACUUGACACUGCGUUGACACUCUUGUCCAGCAGGUUGUGCACACGGCGGGUGAAGAAACAGUGAACCAAGAAGCUGUUCAAGAUACGUUUCACUCGGGCAAUGUAUACGCCCAAGCACAGCCACGAAUCCAACCAUGCAUCGUGAGAAAAGGUAAGUGCUUGAUUUUGAACCGGCUUUCCUGAGAGAAACUUGAAAAGAAAACUGGAGGAAUAUAUAUAUAUAUAUUGAAAAGUCGUGGAAAAGAAGUGGAUAAAGUUUGGUGUGCCUUUGACAGGGUUAAGCAAGAAGGGGGGAAGUAUGACAAAUUUCGCGAAUGAAAUUAAAUAUUACUGUUUUAGGGUGUUCAGACGCCUGGGUGCCACUAGGGUUUCUUUUAAAACAAAGUCAGGUGUUUGGUGGAAGUCUGUGAAAUUCAUUUUACACACUGAGUCAAAAAGGUUCAGAAAGAACGGGAACCAAGCAAGAUGAACAAUGCUCAUGAAAUGAAGGCAGUGGAAUCUUAGUGAAGUACUAAACUUAGGGUCGCAAACGCCAUGGCGGAACACAAGGUGGGAAUGUGGACCAGUUUCAGCUGAUUAACAUCAAACUACAUUGUAC